AUGAUUCAAUUAAAAACGUUGCUCAACUGCAUCGACAACUCCGGCGCCGCGGUAGUCGAAUGCGUGAAUGUCUUGAAGAAGAAGCGCCCGGCCACAGUCGGUGAUCGCAUUGUGGUUGUGGUUCAGAAACAGAGAAACUUCGGUCCCGAGAGCACAAACAACAGCGGUAUUGCAAACAAGGUCCGUCGAGGAGACAUCCGACAUGCCGUCGUCGUUCGCGCCAGAAAGGAAAUGCAGAGACCAGAUGGAACUAUCGUAAAGUUUGACGACAACGCUUGCGUGCUGGUCAAUAAGUCGGGGGAUCCAAUCGGGACAAGAAUGAACGGAGUCGUUGCUACGGAAUUACGAGGAAAGCAGUGGUCGAAGAUUCUGUCCCUGGCGCCUAUGCAUGUGUAA